UGCGCGCGCGGAGCCGGACAGCCGGGACAGGGUCCGAGGACCCCGGCUGCAGAGCCAGAGCCUCCGCUUCUCCACUGGCGAGGACCGCCCCGAGUGGAAGCCAAGGAGGGAGGAGCCCGACCCGGGGCACCCGGCGGCUGGAGAGCUGCACCCCGGGCGCGCUUAGGGCGCACCGAGUCCCGGCUGCUGGAGGCUGCGGCCCCUCGACCACCAUGCGACGGCGCGGGGUGCUGGAGGUCACCCUGGGAUUUACCGCGCUCUUAGCUGCCUACACGAGCCUGGGCGUGGGCGCCAGUUUGGAAGCUGGGAAUGGGAAGGAGACCAGAGCCAGCAGAGCGAAGAGAAGAGGCGGCGGAGGACACGACGCGCUCAAAGGACCCAAUGUCUGUGGAUCACGUUAUAAUGCUUAUUGUUGUCCUGGAUGGAAAACCUUACCUGGUGGAAAUCAAUGUAUUGUUCCCAUUUGCCGGCAUUCCUGUGGGGAUGGAUUUUGUUCUAGGCCAAAUAUGUGCACUUGCCCAUCUGGUCAGAUAUCGCCUUCCUGUGGCUCCCGAUCCAUACAACACUGUAAUAUUCGGUGUAUGAAUGGAGGUAGCUGCAGCGACGACCACUGUCUAUGCCAGAAAGGAUACAUAGGGACACACUGUGGGCAACCUGUCUGUGAAAGUGGCUGUCUCAAUGGAGGUCGGUGUGUGGCUCCAAAUAGAUGCGCUUGCACUUAUGGCUUUACUGGACCCCAGUGUGAAAGAGAUUACAGGACGGGCCCAUGUUUUACUGUGGUCAGCAACCAAAUGUGCCAGGGGCAGCUCAGUGGGAUUGUCUGCACAAAAACGCUCUGCUGUGCUACUGUGGGAAGAGCCUGGGGCCACCCUUGUGAGAUGUGCCCGGCCCAGCCACACCCGUGUCGUCGUGGUUUCAUUCCAAACAUCCGCACAGGAGCUUGUCAAGAUGUGGAUGAAUGCCAGGCCAUCCCUGGACUGUGUCAAGGAGGAAAUUGCAUUAAUACUGUUGGGUCUUUUGAGUGCAAAUGCCCAGCUGGACACAAAUUUAAUGAAGUGUCACAAAAAUGUGAAGAUAUUGAUGAAUGCAGCACCAUUCCUGGAAUCUGUGAAGGGGGAGAAUGUACAAACACAGUCAGCAGUUUCUUUUGCAAAUGCCCCCCUGGAUUUUACACCUCUUCUGAUGGCACCAGAUGCAUAGAUGUCCGCCCAGGAUACUGUUAUGCAGGCCUGACAAACGGGCGCUGUUCUAACCAGAUGCCGCAGUCCAUCACCAAAAUGCAGUGUUGCUGUGACACUGGCCGAUGUUGGUCUCCAGGGGUCACAGUCGCCCCUGAGAUAUGUCCUAUCAGACAAACAGAGGAUUUCAACAGGCUGUGCUCUGUCCCUCUGGUAACUCCUGAGAGACCAGGAUAUCCUCCUGGACCACCACUUGGCCCCCUCCCACCAGUUCACCCUGUUCCUCCUGGCUUUCCUCCUGGACCUCAUGUUCCGGGACCUCGUCCACCAGUGGAUGUGUAUCCAUCUCGGGGACCACCACGUAAGACUUCAAAGGUGCUGCCUGUCAAUGUCACUGAUUACUGCCAGUUAUUUCGCUAUCUCUGUCAAAAUGGACACUGCAUCCCAACUCCUGGGAGCUACCGAUGUGAGUGUAACCAAGGAUUCCAGCUGGACCUCCGUGGAGAAUGCAUUGAUGUUGAUGAAUGUGAGAGAAACCCCUGUGCUGGUGGAGACUGUGUCAACACUCCGGGUUCCUACAUCUGCCAGUGCCGAAGUGGAUACCAGAGCACCCUCACCCGCACAGAGUGCCGAGACAUUGACGAAUGUUUACAGAAUGGCCGUAUCUGCAACAACGGACGUUGUGUCAACACGGAUGGCAGUUUCCACUGUGUCUGUAAUGCAGGCUUUCAUGUGACUGUAGAUGGCAAGAACUGUGAAGAUAUGGAUGAAUGCAGCAUAAGGAAUAUGUGCCUGAAUGGAAUGUGCAUCAAUGAAGAUGGAAGCUUUAAAUGUAUUUGCAAACCUGGAUUCCAGCUGGCAUCAGAUGGGCGUUAUUGCAAAGAUAUCAAUGAGUGUGAAACACCUGGAAUUUGCAUGAAUGGGCGAUGUGUCAACACUGAAGGCUCCUAUAGAUGCGAGUGCUUCCCUGGAUUGGCUGUGGGCCUGGAUGGACGUGUGUGUGUCGACACACAUAUGCGAAGCACAUGCUACGGUGGAUACAAGAGAGGCCAGUGUGUGAAACCUUUGUUUGGUGCUGUGACUAAAUCUGAAUGCUGUUGUGCCAGCACUGAAUAUGCUUUUGGGGAACCUUGCCAGCCAUGUCCUGCACAGAAUUCAGCGGAAUAUCAGGCGCUCUGCAGCAGUGGGCCAGGAAUGACAUCAUCAGGCAGUGAUAUAAACGAGUGCGCAUUAGAUCCUGAUAUUUGUCCAAAUGGAAUUUGCGAGAAUCUUCGUGGCACCUACAAAUGUAUAUGCAAUUCAGGAUAUGAAGUGGAUUCAACUGGAAAAAAUUGCAUUGAUAUUAAUGAGUGUGCAUUGAAUAGUUUACUUUGUGACAAUGGACAGUGUAGGAACACUCCUGGAAGUUUUGUCUGUACCUGUCCUAAGGGAUUUAUAUACAAACCUGAACUAAAAACCUGUGAAGACAUUGAUGAAUGCGAAUCGAAUCCUUGCAUUAAUGGAGUCUGCAAAAACAGCCCUGGCUCUUUCAUUUGUGAAUGUUCGUCUGAAAGUACCUUGGAUGCAACCAAAACCAUCUGCAUAGAAACCAUCAAGGGUACUUGCUGGCAGACGGUCAUUGAUGGGCGGUGUGAAAUUAAUAUCAAUGGUGCCACCUUGAAGUCUGAGUGUUGUUCUUCCCUUGGCGCUGCCUGGGGGAGCCCAUGUACCCUUUGUCAACUUGAUCCCAUUUGUGGUAAAGGAUAUUCAAGGAUUAAAGGAACACAAUGUGAAGAUAUAAAUGAAUGUCAAGUGUUUCCGGGAGUAUGCAAAAAUGGUGUAUGUGUCAACUCUCCAGGAUCCUUUAGGUGUGAAUGUCCCAGUGGAAUGACUUUGGAUACCACAGGGAGAAUCUGCCUAGAUAUUCGCCUGGAAACAUGUUACAUGCGCUAUGAUGAUGAGGAGUGUACUCUGCCCAUUUCUGGCCGCCACCGCAUGGAUGCCUGCUGCUGCUCUGUGGGGGCAGCCUGGGGUACCCACGAGUGUGAAGAAUGUCCAGUGAGAAACACACCUGAGUAUGAUGAACUCUGUCCUAGAGGACCUGGAUUUGCCACAAAAGAAAUCACAAAUGGAAAGCCCUUCUUCAAAGAUAUCAACGAGUGCAAGAUGAUUCCCAGUCUCUGUACCCACGGCAAGUGCAGAAACACAAUUGGCAGCUUCAAGUGCAAAUGUGACACUGGCUUCUCACUUGAUUCUGAAGAGAGGAACUGCACAGAUAUUGAUGAAUGCCGCAUCUCUCCUGACCUCUGUGGCCGAGGCCAGUGUGUGAACACUCCAGGGGACUUUGAGUGCAAGUGUGAUGAAGGCUAUGAAAGUGGAUUCAUGAUGAUGAAGAACUGCAUGGAUAUCGAUGAGUGUCAGCGAGACCCGCUUCUGUGUCGAGGAGGUAAUUGCCUGAACAUCGAAGGCAGUUACCGCUGUGAAUGUCCUCCGGGCCAUCAGCUGGCCCCCAACAUCUCAGCCUGUAUAGACAUUAAUGAGUGUGAGCUGAGUGGGAACCUCUGCCCCCAUGGCCGCUGUGUGAACCUCAUUGGGAAGUACCAAUGCGCCUGCAACCCUGGCUAUCAUUCUACGCCCGACAGGCUGUUCUGUGUGGACAUUGAUGAAUGCAGCAUCAUGAAUGGUGGCUGUGAGACCUUCUGUACAAACUCUGAAGGCAGCUAUGAAUGUAGCUGUCAGCCAGGAUUUGCACUAAUGCCUGACCAGAGAUCAUGCACUGACAUUGACGAGUGCGAAGAUAACCCCAAUAUCUGUGAUGGUGGUCAAUGUACCAAUAUACCUGGAGAGUACAGGUGCUUAUGUUAUGAUGGAUUUAUGGCAUCUGAAGAUAUGAAGACUUGUGUAGAUGUAAAUGAAUGUGACCUGAAUCCAAAUAUCUGCCUAAGUGGAACUUGUGAAAAUACAAAAGGCUCAUUUAUCUGCCAUUGUGAUAUGGGAUAUUCUGGAAAAAAAGGGAAAACUGGCUGUACAGACAUCAAUGAAUGUGAAAUUGGAGCUCACAACUGCGACAGACAUGCUCAAUGUACCAACACAGCAGGAAGCUUCAAAUGUAGCUGCAGCCCUGGCUGGAUAGGAGAUGGCAUUAAGUGUACUGAUCUCGAUGAAUGCUCCAAUGGGACCCAUAUGUGCAGCCAGCAUGCUGACUGCAAAAACACCAUGGGAUCAUACCGCUGUCUCUGCAAGGAAGGCUACAGUGGCGAUGGCUUCACAUGUACAGAUCUUGAUGAAUGCUCUGAGAACCUAAAUCUGUGUGGCAACGGCCAGUGCCUGAAUGCCCCUGGAGGGUACCGCUGUGAAUGUGACAUGGGCUUUGUGCCCAGUGCUGACGGGAAAGCUUGUGAAGAUAUUGAUGAGUGCUCACUUCCAAAUAUCUGUGUUUUCGGGACUUGCCAAAACCUUCCUGGCCUAUUCCGUUGUGUGUGUGAAACAGGCUAUGAACUGGACCAAAGUGGUGGAAACUGUACAGAUGUGAAUGAGUGUCUGGAUCCAACCAUGUGUAUUAGUGGGAAUUGUGUCAACACUCCGGGCAGCUACACCUGCGAUUGUCCACCUGAUUUCGAACUGAAUCCCACUGGAGUUGGCUGUGUUGAUACCCGCUCCGGACAUUGCUACUUGGAUAUCCGACCUCGAGGUGACAAUGGAGAUACAGCCUGUAGCAAUGAAAUUGGAGUUGGUGUUUCCAAGGCUUCCUGCUGCUGUUCUCUGGGUAAAGCCUGGGGGACUCCUUGUGAGCUGUGCCCCUCUGUGAACACAUCUGAGUAUAAAACUCUUUGUCCUGGAGGAGAAGGUUUUCGACCCAACCCUAUCACUGUGAUAUUAGAAGAUAUUGAUGAGUGCCAGGAGCUUCCAGGACUAUGCCAAGGAGGGAAAUGUAUCAACACAUUUGGCAGUUUCCAGUGCCGCUGUCCAACAGGCUACUACUUGAAUGAAGAUACCCGUGUGUGUGAUGAUGUGAAUGAAUGUGAAACUCCAGGAAUCUGCGGUCCAGGGACAUGUUACAACACGGUGGGCAACUAUACCUGUAUUUGCCCUCCUGACUACAUGCAAGUGAAUGGGGGCAAUAAUUGCAUGGAUAUGAGAAGAAGUUUAUGCUACAGAAAUUAUUAUGCUGACAACCAGACCUGUGAUGGAGAACUGGUAUUUAAUAUGACCAAGAAGAUGUGUUGUUGUUCCUAUAACAUUGGUCGAGCCUGGAAUAGGCCAUGUGAACAGUGUCCCAUCCCCAGUACAGAUGAAUUUGCUACACUCUGUGGAAGCCAGAGACCAGGUUUUGUCAUUGACAUUUACACUGGAUUACCCGUUGAUAUUGAUGAAUGCCGAGAGAUUCCUGGAGUCUGUGAAAAUGGGGUGUGUAUCAACAUGGUUGGCAGCUUCCGUUGUGAAUGUCCCAUGGGCUUCUUGUACAAUGACAAGUUGUUAAUUUGUGAAGAUAUUGAUGAGUGCCAGAACGGCCAGGUAUGCCAACGCAAUGCUGAAUGCAUCAACACCGCUGGCAGCUUCCGCUGUGACUGCAAGCCUGGCUACCGCUUCACCUCCACUGGACAGUGCAGUGAUCGCAAUGAAUGUCAAGAAACACCCAAUAUAUGUAGCCAUGGACAGUGUAUUGAUACAGUGGGAAGCUUUUAUUGCAUUUGUCACACUGGCUUUAAAACAAAUGAUGAUAAAACUAUGUGUUUGGACAUAAAUGAGUGUGAAAGAGAUGCCUGUGGAAAUGGAACUUGCCGAAACACCAUUGGCUCCUUCAAUUGCCGUUGCAAUCAUGGUUUUGUCUUAUCUCACAACAAUGACUGCAUAGAUGUUGACGAAUGUGCCACCGGAAAUGGAAACCUUUGCAGAAAUGGCCAGUGCAUCAAUACAGUGGGGUCCUUUCAAUGUCAGUGCAAUGAAGGCUAUGAAGUGGCUCCAGAUGGCAGGACCUGUGUGGAUGUAAAUGAAUGUGCUCUGGAUCCUGGAAAGUGUGCGCCAGGUACCUGUCAAAAUUUGGAUGGAUCUUACAGAUGCAUUUGUCCACCUGGAUACAGUCUACAGAAUGACAAGUGUGAAGAUAUUGAUGAGUGUGUUGAAGAGCCAGAAAUUUGUGCCUUGGGAACUUGUAGUAACACUGAAGGCAGCUUUACAUGUCUAUGUCCAGAUGGCUUCUCUUUGUCCUCUACGGGAAGGAGGUGCCAAGAUUUGCGAGUAAGCUAUUGUUACUCAAAGUUUGAAGGAGGAAAAUGCUCAGCACCCAAAUCUAGAAAUCACUCCAAGCAAGAAUGCUGCUGUGCCUUGAAGGGAGAAGGUUGGGGUGAUCCCUGUGAACUGUGCCCCACCGAACCUGAUGAAGCCUUCCGAAAUAUAUGUCCCUAUGGAAGUGGAAUUAUUGUGGGACCUGAUGACUCGGCAGUGGACAUGGACGAGUGUAAAGAGCCAGAUGUCUGUAAACAUGGGCAGUGCAUCAAUACGGAUGGUUCCUAUAGAUGCGAGUGUCCCUUUGGCUACAUUUUGGAAGGGAAUGAAUGUGUGGAUACUGAUGAAUGUUCUGUUGGUAACCCUUGUGGAAAUGGAACUUGCAAGAAUGUGAUUGGAGGCUUUGAAUGCACCUGUGAGGAGGGAUUUGAACCUGGUCCAAUGAUGACUUGUGAAGACAUAAAUGAGUGUGCCCAGAAUCCCCUACUGUGUGCUUUCCGAUGUGUAAACACAUAUGGGUCAUAUGAAUGCAAGUGUCCAGAUGGAUAUGUUCUAAGAGAAGACAAAAGGAUGUGCAAAGAUGAGGACGAGUGUGAAACUGGCAAACAUGACUGUGCUGAGAAGCAAAUGGAAUGCAAGAACCUCAUUGGCAUGUAUAUGUGUAUCUGUGGACCUGGCUACCAGCGAAGACCUGAUGGAGAAGGCUGUGUAGAUGAGAACGAAUGCCAGACCAGACCUGGAAUCUGUGAGAAUGGGCGCUGCCUUAAUACUGUGGGGAGCUACACCUGUGAGUGCAAUGAUGGAUUCACAGCCAGCCCCACGCAGGAUGAAUGCCUCGACAACCGGGAAGGGUACUGCUUCACAGAGGUGCUACAAAACAUGUGCCAGCUUGGCUCAAGCAACAGGAACCCUGUCACCAAGUCUGAGUGCUGCUGUGAUGGAGGAAGAGGUUGGGGUCCCCAGUGUGAGAUCUGCCCUUUCCAGGGUACAGUGGCUUUCAAAAAACUCUGCCCCCAUGGACGAGGAUUUAUGACCAAUGGAGCAGAUAUUGAUGAAUGUAAGGUUAUUCAUGAUGUUUGCCGAAAUGGAGAAUGUGUCAAUGACGAGGGAUCAUACCACUGCAUUUGUAAAACUGGCUACACUCCAGACAUAACUGGAACUGCCUGUAUAGAUCUGAAUGAGUGCAGCCAGGCUCCCAAACCCUGCAAUUUUAUCUGCAAAAACACAGAAGGAAGUUACCAGUGUUCGUGCCCGAAAGGCUAUAUACUGCAAGAUGAUGGAAGAAGCUGUAAAGAUCUUGACGAGUGUGCAACCAAGCAACACAACUGCCAGUUCCUGUGUGUCAACACCAUCGGUGGCUUCACAUGUAAAUGUCCCCCUGGAUUCACCCAGCACCAUACUGCCUGCAUUGAUAACAAUGAAUGCACUUCUGACAUCAACCUGUGUGGCUCUAAGGGCGUUUGCCAAAAUACUCCUGGGAGCUUUACCUGUGAAUGUCAACGAGGAUUCUCUCUUGAUCAGAGUGGAGGCAGCUGUGAAGAUGUGGAUGAGUGUGAAGGAAACCAUCGCUGCCAGCAUGGCUGCCAGAAUAUCAUUGGAGGCUACCGGUGCAGCUGCCCCCAGGGCUAUCUUCAACACUACCAGUGGAACCAGUGUGUCGAUGAGAAUGAAUGUUUGAGUGCUCACAUCUGUGGCGGAGCUUCCUGUCACAAUACACUGGGGAGUUACAAGUGCACAUGUCCUACUGGCUUCCAAUUUGAACAGUUCAGUGGAGGAUGUCAAGACAUCAAUGAAUGUGGCUCUUCACAAGCGCCCUGCAGUUAUGGUUGUUCCAAUACUGAGGGUGGCUAUCUGUGUGGCUGCCCACCUGGUUACUUCAGAAUAGGCCAAGGCCAUUGUGUUUCUGGAAUGGGCAUGGGACGUGGCCUUUCAGAGCCACAGGCCAGCAGUGAAAUGGAUGACAAUUCCCUCUCUCCAGAGGCUUGUUAUGAGUGUAAAAUCAACGGCUACCCCAAACGAGGCAGGAAACGGAGAGACACCAAUGACAUGCAUCAGUCGGAGAUAGAAGCCAAUGUGAGUCUUGCAAGUUGGGAUGUUGACAAUACGGCCACAUUCGAUUACAAUAUCUCCAAUUUCGAUCACAAGGUCCGAAUUCUGGAGCUCUUUCCAGCGCUGACAACUCUAACAAAUCACAACAGAUACUUGAUUGAAUCUGGCAAUGAAAAUGGCUUGUUUAAAAUCAACCAAAAGCAAGGGAUCAGCUAUCUCCACUUUACCAAGAAGAAGCCAGUGGCUGGAACCUAUUCAUUACAAAUCGGUAGUACUCCACUUUAUAAAAAGAAAGAACUUAAGCAGCUAGAAGAUAAACAUGACAAAGACUACCUCAGUGGUGAACUGGGUGAUAAUCUGAAGAUGAAAGUUCAGAUAUCACUUCAUUAAUUCACCAUCCAGAGACCAAAUAAUUGAAAAGUCCAAGAUAGAUAGGUAGAACUGAAUUUUCCCCGUACCCAGAAACUUCCAGUCAUAGGUACAGUCUUUCACCAAAUAAAUUUCUAUAAACAAGCACUCUUCUUGUAUUACCAAAGCAAGGUACAGGUGACUACCGUAGUUCAAAGCAACCACUUUCUCAGGCUUCUUUCUUAUAUGUGUGGCUAAGUCAGCUACUACCUGGUCAGAGGGGUUCAUUCUUGACAACUGGGACCUGUCUUUCCACAGGGGGUCGGCCAUGCAGCCUGCUAUGCUGACCUUCUAGGAGACGUCCAUGAAUGUGUUUUCCAGUGAUGGACUCUUCCAUUCUUCCUCAUUUUUAAUCUUUUCUUCUCCAAAUACAAGUACUAGGUUGGUCAUUUAUAAUCUAUUUGGUGCUAGUAAAUCCUCAAACUAGAUUUAUAAAUGCACUGUAAUAUUUACACAACUUAGAAGCCAAAUGACAAAUAUUCAGUUCAAAUACUUCAGUACUUUCAAUCUACCAAAGUUAGUUCAGUAGUUUAUCUCAGUUAUGAGUAUCAUACCUUACAUGUAAAUUAAGUGUGUGUAUACUGUAAUCGUGCUAUUUUUAUCAUGGAAACAUUUAUAAACUAGAAUAAUAAUGCCCUUAAUGAGAGGGCUUGUAAUGGUGCUUAUUAAGACCAAAGACUUGUUAAGUGUGUACACCAAGUGGUAAUGCAAGUUCUGUGACUGACCCAUUCAUGCAUGAAGGUCUGGGAGGACCAGAAGACAGCCUCAAACCCAAGCUCCAAUCAGUGCAGCCUUCAUCCCACCUGUGCAAUCCCUCAAGCUUACCCUCAGCCUUACCUGUCAACAAGGGGUCCAUGUCAAAAAUGUCACAAUAAAACAAUCUCUUCUUUUUUUAAUUUA